ACUGUGCGCAGGCCCGUGGCGCCGAGUCGACAACUAAUGAUCAGUGCUGCCUUGUCUGUCGCCCGUGUCUAACGCGAACUGUGUUUGUACUAGUGUUUGUUUAGUUUCGACAGUUUACAUAAACCUUGAAGAUGGCUGACAGCCUUAAGAGAAACAUCCCCAUCAAGCUCGGUGACUUUUCAGUCAUCGACACGGAAUUCUCCAGCAUUAGGGAGAGAUUCGACGCCGAAAUGAGGAAGAUGGAAGAAGAAAUGAGCAAAUUCAGAUCGGAACUCAUGAACAGAGAGAGCAACAACUUCUUCAAGAGCACAACAAGGUCUUACAACUUUGAAUCUGUUUCCUCCGGAGGAGUAACCAAGUCUUCAGAGAGCUCCACCACAUCCUCACAGCACAGUGACGGCCGACAGCUGGCCGAACCCAGCCACUGGGACAGCCUGAACUCGCCCCUCAUCCAGGACCAGGGCGACGGCAAGUCCCUGAAGCUCCGCUUCGACGUCAGCCAGUACACGCCAGAGGAAAUCGUCGUUAAGACGGUCGACAACAAAUUGCUUGUCCACGCGAAACACGAGGAGAAGUCAGACACAAAGUCGGUGUACAGAGAGUACAACAGGGAGUUCUUGCUGCCGAAGGGGACCAACCCCGAGGCCAUCAAGUCCUCGCUGUCCCGAGACGGCGUGCUGACCGUGGAAGCCCCCCUGCCGCAGCUGGCCAUCACUGACAGGAGCAUCCCCAUUCAGAAGCACUGAGUUCCAUCUAGCUAUAUAGCGGUUCAGCUUGAAAGCAGCUAUUCCAUACAUACUGUUAAUUAUUUAUUAUAAUUUACGUAAUACAAAUUAUUUAAGGA